GCUCCGUCAGCGGAUGAGCAAAUGGGCCCUCCGGAACCCAAAAUAGCCAAAACGGAGGAAGCACCAGACCAUUGUUCGAGGACAUGUCUCAAGAAUGACACACGCUGAAUACCGGCGAUAUCAACGACACGAAUGAUGUCUCAUAAAAGAGGUGAAGCUCGCUCUCUGUGCCCUCUAAAAGUUACACACUGGUUCCGAGGCACAUAAUUCAUCUUCUAACAAGAAGAAAGUCCAUGAAGGUGUGUCGCGCAAACACCUGCGAGAGCCGACACCGAUAACAAAAAUGAUAAUGGGGGUGAUAAAAGGCACAAAAGCUCACGACAAGGAUGCAAUUUUUCUGUUGAUUUCUCACUGUAAUCUUGUUGGGUUUGUAUUUUAUUUGUCAUUUCAGAUGUGUCGCGACGCGGCUCGUCUUCAUCUCGUCUUCGUCGUACCCCUUUACUUAAAUUUUGACGAUCUUCUUAAAAAAAACAUUGCAUGGUGAUUCAUUUUAUCCACAUUUUUGUUUCUUUGGCUCAACUGAUAAGCCAAUUUAUUGCAUUUAACCUUUCUGGAUGAAUCACAAUGCAAAUGAGGCAGGUGAUAUCGAGAGAUUUUCACUAAUACUUUCAGUAAUAGAAUAAUUCAGUUCUUAGACUACGCAGAAUUGUGACUUCAAGUGCACUGGAUAUUUGAAAAAAUAAUGCCGAAAACAGUUCGUAAAGCUUAGGGUAAAUGUGCCAAAUUUCGGCAUAGUUGCAUGCAAGCGCCAAAGUCUUAAGUUUGAAAUGUAAUAUCUUUAAUAGAAAUUGAUUUUUUUAUUCCCUCUACUUAAGGAGUGUUGCUUAGAACUUUCUAGACAGUUUAUCGUCUUUAUUUACUCUAAAAUCAUUCUUAAUACACUUAAAAUUAAUGAAAAUGUAAACACAGCAUUUGUGGCCUAUUCCGGCCAACUUCAUUCUCAUAGUUCCUUGCCCAUUCCGGAAUUCUUCCAAUGCGUUUUUCACGUCAUCUCGUUUAUCGAAGCUACAUUUUUCGCUAUUCUUUUGCAUUGUAAAAUCUGGAGUAUGUAAAAACAAAAAAAAUCAUGAAAAUUCGAGGAACAAAAAAGGUGGCCGGAAUUGCAAGCUGGCCGGAAUUUGGCACACUUACGCUAACUCUUUCGUGUCUUUUGGGACUCUGAGUACCCAAAGCAGCAUACACUGAGAGAAAUCCGAAAAAGUUAAAAUAACAUUCCGGAAAUGUUAAUUUUACCCUGCAGUAUUGAUCCAAAAUCGGUGUAAAUAUUACCCAUUUUAGGUGUAUUAUGGGCUAAAGUUACCCUUUUUCAUGUUGAUUUUACCCUUAAAAAGGUGUAAAAUUAACAUUAAAAAAUGAUAUAUUUUUACACCUAAAAAGUGUUAAAUUUCUGAGAAAAAAAUGUUUAUUGCACCCUCUUUUUUUCUCAGUGCAUGAAUAUUCAGUGAAACACAGUGUUUUUUAAUUAUUCAGAACUGAGAAAAAUUCAAUUCUUUUGGAUGAUUACAAACUACAAGGAUGUCCAAAUGUAAGAUAUUUUUUGUAGAACCUCAAUUAAUUCCUGAGCUUAGAUAUUUUUGAUUAAAAAAUUGUGAAAUUGGCUUGCAGCAUAUGCUGUGGUCCGGAAAGAGUUAAAUUGAUAUGAAGCAUAUGCUUCAUGAAAAAAAACCUUUUGAAAAAGUAAAAGGGGUGGCAAAGCGUUCCAGACUUUGCGAAAUGCUCGAAAAUCGGUUCUCAGUCGAUUUGAACCGAUUCACAAAUCAUUCAAAAUAUCCUCAAAAAUUGUUUUAAAAGUAAAUAGAAUUGAUUUUCGGAUAAAAAAUAAUUAUAGGCUAUAAACCGGUUCAGAACCGUUUGGAACCUGUUCAGUUUUAUCGGAAAUUCCAAGACCUUUCCAACGAGCCUAAACAUGAACCCAUUCGCUUGAUAAAUGGGCUCUCUAGUGUCUUUUUAACCUUUGGCCUUGAAAAACCGUUUUUAGGAGUGAUUCAACGGUAUUUUCGCAUAAGGGCGAAAUGUCCGACCGGGUAAUCUCUAACAGCUGAAUGUUGAAACGAAGAAUAACUUCAUUUGAACCACAGAUUAGCGUUAGUCUAGGGUUAAAAUUAAGCUAGGUUUAAAAAAUUUUUCAUAUGCAGAAACGUGGAAUAGGGCUUUGGCGUAAGCGGUUUUUCUCAUACGGCCACCCCAUAGUUUGGCUUUUCUGGCAUACCAGAAAAUGUCAAUUUAUCAAUGUUUUCGUUCGAUUUAGCAAGAUUCCAGGGCUUUUUCUCGUUAUUUGGUAAUCUUGAACCACUAGACUAGAGGUGUGCAAGAACCAUUGAAAACAAAUAAACGUUAAAAUAAGUUUGUUCAACGUUUUCACCAUUGACGCACAAAUUUCAUUUGACGUUUGUUCGAAUUCAAACGGAUCAUGCACACCUCUGCACUAGUCUUACUAAAAAUUCUCUAAAACAAAAUUGGAAUCAAUAUUCUGGAUGUGAAAGAAUGUGCAUGUUUUCGGGUGGCAAAAAAAGCGCGACUUCCGCGACUCCUGCUUCAGUGGCGACUUAUUGAAGUCGCGUAUGAUGGAAUGUUUCUUUUUAUUUCAGGCACAAUUGGCUUUUUAAGAAGCUGUAAAUAGAGUGAAAGUCUAAUUUCUUUUCAUUAAAUCCACUAAAGUGCAGAUUAUAUCAAAAUGGUAUCAUUUAACAGUAUUUUCGGGAAAAAUUUACAGAUAGAUGUGGUCAGGUUUAUUCCAUCUUUAAGCUAAAAAUUAUACCUCCGAAAUCGGAGAUCUAAUUUUUGGCUUAAACGGUAAUCCACUGUUUAAAUUUAUUCUAUUUCUCGUUCAAACAUUAGAAAAUGGUGGAUCAUCCUCGAAUUAUCUUUAUGCUUCGAUUUAACAUUGAGCUGUAAAACAUCCAAAAAUGAAAAAAAAAAUCGCACGACGCGUUUUCGAGCAAUCACAAAAAACAUGGUUUUGGAGGAGAUGGGGAGGGGUGGGGGAAAGUGAGGGACAUGUUACCGAUCCUUGGGUCGACUUAUGGGGAGGGGGGUCUUGCGAAGGUCCCAAGUCGCUAUCUCUAACUCUUUGGCCUCUAGAGCUAGCGACAGCCGGACGGACAGAGGAUUUCUCAGAAAUCGUCUGAAACGUAAAGAUUUGUUGAUAAAAGUGGUCUCCGGGGGGUGGAAGGUGGAAAUUGGGGGGGGGAGUGAAAAAAUCGAAGGAUGAUAUAUACUGCUCUCUCCGUGGAGUUCGAGCAGUAAACAAGUCACUAGCACUACUAGCGGUAUGUACAUGAACUAUGAAUGUUCUUAAAAGUUGAAAGGUUCUCUUGUUCUCAAUUUAAUCGCCGAAAAUUUUCGAUUGGAUGUAUUUUAAGAUAAAGCUCCUUGCCAGUUGCGACAAUUUCAUUUUAACCAUCGUUUGAUAAAAACAUCAACCUUUUCGGUACCGCAGCAUAGCCAAAAUCCCGGAUUCUGAAGUGUCAUAUCUACUCCCACGAUUGCGUCCACGCUUGCUGGAGGAAAAGAGAAAUUUUCUGCGUCUUGGGAAAUUAUUUUGCACAUUGUCCUUUGUAAUGUGUCCUUUGUAGUUUGUAAGAGAAUUAGAUUAAAAAAAUGUUUUUUUCCCAGAAUAUCAAUAUUUUUAUUUGGGUACUCAGAGUCCCAAAAGAUGCGAUCUUCAAAAUUGGCAAAGAAACAAUUUUGGUUCGUAAAAUAUUCGAUUUUGGUCAGUAAAAAGCGUGAAAUCAAUCAAAAAUUCUUUUACAUAUAUACUAUCUGGAAUGUCAAGGUGUUCAUAAUGCACUUCUGAAGCAUCUUUUAAAUCAGAAGAAUUUCAUGAAAUAAAAAUUCAUGUCUUAUUCAAAUUUUGUAAGAAAGAAAGGGAAGCGCAUUUUGAUUUCAUGAAAUUUUACCGAUCUAACCGGUCAGAUCUCUGACUCGACUCUCACAGCUGUGAGUUCGAGUCCCGCCCGAUGUAAGAAACUGAAUAUCGAGAAAAAGUCAUUCUGGGAAUAAGCUGACGUUAAUUGCAAUCAACAAUAGGGAAACCGAAAGUCGUUGAUGUGUUUCCCUGAGUGAUUAUCUCUUCUCGACGACUUCCGGUUUUCUCUAUUGUUGGUCGAGAAAAAGAUAUUCUUCACUAUGAUAAAACGUAAUAAAAUGCACCGUCUCUGCCCAAAAACCUUCAGGAGCAUGGAAUAAGCAUUCACUACAGAGAAGGCUUUCCUUGGCGAUCUACGAUCAGCAGAUUCUUCCAACACGAGGCACAUUGUCAUAUCAAAUAAAGUGUCUCGAUACGAUUAAUAAUAAUUUGUUUAUUUGGUAAUGUCCUUUACCGCCCAUGUUAAAAAAAAGAUUGAAACUUUAAUUCGAGUUGCCAAGCUGAAACACGAAGAACCAUUCGACUGCGAAGGCUUUCAGAUAUCCAAGACACAAACCUUCAAUCGGCUGGCGUUUUGCUAGCUUGGGGAGAAUGAUAAAAAAGUGAAAGAGGGACCCAAAGUAGAACGCAGAUUUGAACUAGGUACAGUGAUAUAAUGAUUCGGCCAGUUAGAACGAUAAAAAUGUCUAAUAAAAUCAAUUUCGAUAUUUAGUUGAGAACUGAGAUUUUUGGAAAAUAAAUAGAUGGACAGGAAGGAGAGAUUUUCAGAAUGUCUAAAUAGAUGUCUCGACUAAACAGAUGUCAACGAAAAGGGGAGGGGGGUCAUCGGAAACUGUCAGUCAUUAUCUGAAAACAUUUGGUUUAUAAAGGGGGCAUUAGCGGCAAAUACCAAAAUAUCCAGAGCAUUUAGCGUACAACUUGAGAAUUAUCGGUUAAAUACUGAAACUGAAAAUCUCUUGUUAUCACUUAAUUAUUCAAUAUUUAAUAUUUUGAGGAAGAAAAUCCCUUGCCAACAACUGUUGAAUUGAAUUGAAUGAAUUUGAUUGUUUGCACACAGAGAGAGAGUAUCCCUACAAGAGACUUCCUACUCGAAUGCGGGAGGGCGACUUACCAUGAGUCUGGCAACCGAAAAACAAAAUUAAUCUAAUAGUUAGAUGAGAGCAUAGGCAAAAAAAAAUUAAAGAAUUAAUAAUCAUUGCAAUGCAUUUUGUAUGUAAUGAGGAAUUGUUUAUUGAUUAUUUUGUGUAUCAUUUUCAUUAUGUUUUUUUUUUAUUCUCAUUUCUUUUUUUCUCGGAGUUAUUUCUUCACUUUCAGAGAAUAUUGUGAGAGAGAGAUAUGAGAUGAUAAAAGAUCAAACUGUGUGUGGUCCAAAUGGCGAUCUCUAAUCUGUGCAUUUAGCUCCAAAAAUCACACAUUCUGUGGAAUAAGAGAGAGGGGCAUCCAACCAAUGUAGUCAAGUGAUUGUAGGCGAUAUCAACUACAUCUCACAGAAAAUAUUUAUUCUACACGCAAUAAUUUAAAUAUCUCUCUUUAUUUUUUUUCUCUUUCAUCUCUCUUGUGUGUGUCUCAGGAGACUACCCUUGGUCACGCGAUAUAGGGGGAAUAUCAGCCAAAUGUUGGCCAAAAGAACAAAAACAAACCAAAAACAAAAAAAAAAGACCAAAACCAAAUCUUUUCAUCCUCACCUGAAAGAAUGCUUUGAAACAUGAAAUACAAUUCAACAAUGAUGAACUAUGCUCAAAUUGGUAUUUGGUAACAUAACUAAUGACUUUUUGAUGGUGAUUUUUAGGCCCUUGGCAACCGAAAAUGCCUUUUAUUGCGACUCCCAUUUAUGAACUUCGACAGAUUGGCGAUGUUAAGUUUGGACCGGGAGCUAGGUCGGCUCUACUUGGCAUCUUGGGAGGAGCAUUGCCGAGAUUGUCGUCUGAGCAACUGGAGACGGUGACAAGGGCGAAGAAGUACGCCAUGGAGCAAAGUAUUAAAAUGGUCUUGAUGAAGCAGACACUCGCGCAUCAGCAGCAACAAUUAGCCAGUCAAAGGACACAAGUUCAGAGACAACAAGCACUCGCUCUCAUGUGCAGGGUAUAUGUGGGAAGUAUUUCAUUUGAAUUGAAAGAGGAUACAAUUCGUGCAUCUUUCCUUCCAUUUGGGCCCAUCAAGUCCAUCAACAUGUCCUGGGAUCCGGUGACACAGAAGCACAAGGGAUUCGCAUUCGUCGAGUAUGAGAUUCCAGAAGGUGCCCAGUUGGCCCUUGAACAGAUGAAUGGUGCCAUGUUGGGUGGCCGGAAUAUUAAGGUUGGCAGACCUAGUAACAUGCCACAAGCACAGCAGGUUAUUGAUGAGAUUCAAGAGGAAGCUAAGAGUUAUAAUCGUAUUUAUAUAGCAUCUAUUCAUCCGGAUUUGUCCGAGGAGGAUCUUAAGAGUGUCUUUGAGGCAUUUGGUCCUAUUCUCUACUGUCGCAUUUCACAAGGUAGUUCAUUGCAUUCGCACAAAGGAUAUGGAUUUAUUGAGUAUGCAACUAAAGUAGCAGCAGAUGAAGCAAUCUCUAGCAUGAAUCUUUUCGAUUUAGGCGGUCAGUUAUUGAGAGUUGGACGAUCCAUUACACCACCAAAUGCCCUCCUUGGACCAUCAACCAAUUCUUCAAUGCCGACUGCAGCUGCUGUGGCUGCAGCUGCUGCUACUGCCAAAAUUCAGGCUAUGGAUGCCGUUGCAACUAAUGCUGUCUUGGGUCUUUCAGCUGCGGCACCAUCUCUAGGUCUCUCCUCAAUUCCCACAAUGACCGCUCCCACUUGCAUCCCUUCCGUCACAGCGCUCACAACAAAUUCGGCUGUGUCCGUUUCGGCGGCUGCUGCUGCUGCCGCUGCAGCCGCCGCCGCCGCAGCUGCUGCAGCUCAGCAGCAUCCUGCGACUGUGGCGGCGGGAGCGGGUGUCUUGGCGCCACCUGGCGUCGUGACACUUCCUGCAAGUACCGCAGCCUCCCUCCACCCGCCGCAAGUGGUGAAUCCCGUAUUAGGGGCUGUCACCAGUGCGGCCGGCGUCACACAGACACCCAAGACGGCUGCCGUGGCUGCAGCAGCAGCCGCAGCGGCUGUCGUAUCGUCAACAUUGGCGGCUCAGGCGGCAGCAGCCGGCCAUAGUGCAGAGAGUGUACUGAAGAAGGCACAUGAGAGGCAGCAGGAAGAGUUGCAGAAGAAGCUGCUGGAAGAGGGAGAGCCACAGACGCUGCAGCAGCAAGAGACAAUGUCAAUUAAGGGGCAGAGUGCGAGGCAUUUGGUGAUGCAGCGCCUAAUGCGACCCACGGACAGUCGUGUGGUGAUUCUGCGGAAUAUGGUGGGUCCUGAGGAUGUCGAUGAGACGCUCCAGGAGGAGAUUCAGGAGGAAUGCAGUAAAUUUGGGACGGUGGAGCAGGUGAUUAUCUACAAGGAGAAGCAAACGGACAACGAGGAGGAUGAUGAGGCGGAUGUUAUUGUAAAGAUUUUUGUGGAGUUUUCGGUGUCAGGGGAAGCACUGAAAGCUCGCGAAGUGCUGCAUGGGCGGUACUUUGGGGGGCGACUGGUGCAGGCACAGCUCUAUGAUCAGGCUCUCUUUGAUCAUGGAGAUUUGUCUGCCUAGACGCCACAUGUCCACCGACUUUUCGGCUCUCUCUGUGUCCAUGUUGGGUGGAGAAUGAGAUGAAAUAAAAUUGUAUAGCUAUGUGCUUAAUUUCUCCCUCAAAA